AAAUGUAUAUUCAAAUGUAUCGGGUCACUCUUUGACCAAGGAUAGUUAGGGAUUAAUUAUAUCUAGGCCUCAACCCCCGGUCCUUGUGUUUGAGUAGCUAGUAAUAGUAUCAACAUAUUAAAUUUGACUCAUAUUGUGACUUAUUGACCCAUUCAUUCUCUCUCACUGUCGAAAAUGUCUUAGAGCAGGGGCAUUGAAAGUUGGAACGUGGACGGUGCCACACCGAGCAAGCAGUACAAGAAGCACGGUACCAUCGUAUCGUAUAAGCACCGGAGAAAUGGAAACCGAAAAACUAGAGAGUGAGCUGUUAGAAAUUAGCUAGCUAGGACAAUGGAGUUUUAGAUCAAAUUAAAGCUAGCUAGCUAGCUAUAUGGUUUCAGCCCUUGCCCAAGUCAUGGCCUCAGAUUCUUCUCAAUUAGACAACAUCAACAUGAGUCAACAGCAGUCAGAAGACCAACCAGCUGCCACUGCUACUGUAGGUGGAAAGAAAAGGCAUUAUAGAGGAGUGAGACAAAGGCCGUGGGGGAAAUGGGCAGCAGAAAUCAGAGACCCUAAGAAAGCAGCCCGAGUUUGGUUGGGUACAUUUGAGAGUGCUGAGGCAGCUGCCAUCGCCUACGAUGAAGCAGCCUUGAAAUUCAAAGGGACGAAAGCCAAGCUCAACUUUCCUGAGAGGGUUAUUCAUGCUCAUCGUCAAAAUCACAAUCACAAUCACAAUCACAAUCACAAUCACAAUCACAAUCAGAAUCACUACCACUAUCACAAUCAGACAAGUGAGACAACUGCUGCUGCUGCUGCUGCUGCUACUGCUACUAGGGCUACUGUUGAUGAUACUACUAGUAAUAAUACGUAUCCACAUCUUGUGCAGUAUGCACAACUUCUUUCUAGUAAUGAAGUCAACUUCUCCAAUUUCAUGACAAGCCUUUAUCCAGAGACUACUAUUAGCAACUACUCUUCUACGACAUUGGCGUCUCAACCUUCACCUUCAUCUUCUGCGGCAAAUCAGGCAACCCCCCGGUAUGAAGAAUGGGACUUUCAGAGCUUUUCCACCACCAUCAGUAAUACUAAUAGCUCCUCUACAAGGCCCCAGCCUGAUGCUGGUAUUUAAGCAUUAGCCCUAUUUCCUGUUUUUCUUCCGACUCCUUAAUUAUCCAAGGAUUGCCCUCAUGUAGCUUACAUCUCUACGUUUCUGGUUUCCGAAAAUGUUAUUGCAAUCCUCUGCUAAAAACGUUGCACUUAGCAGCAGUUUUCAAACAAAAGGUUAUAGCCUAAACCUCUUUCUAAAUACUCACUUUACCAAACACCACUUUUAGAGUUUUAGGGGGUGUUUCCGUGUUUGGUUCGAAUCAGGAAUGAUAUCUAGGUGUUGUGAGUUUGGAACUUGAUUCUUAAUACCAUGUGUAGAAUCUGCAAACCAAACACCCCCUUAAAGUUUUAGUCAAACUUUUAAAAGUGGUUCAAACCUCUACAAUCACCUUAAUACUCUAUCUAUCAAACAUGGCCAACAUGUGCAGUCAUAAGGUAGUGAACUAGUGAUACAUCUAUAUCUAUCUAUAUAUAUUAUUAAAUCUCCAAGCCAAUCCAUGACAACUCUCCACGUAUCACGAUGACUUGGCAAAGGAAUGCCAUGUCAUAUACUUACAUGAUUUUUAUUGUGUACUCACAAAAAAAAAUGUUGCUACCCAUCCUUGAACCUAUGACAUUUUUUUAUGUUAAUUACUAAGUUUUAUCCAUCACUCCAACAAUAUAACCCUAAAACAACAAAAAAGAAAAGGAGGAAAAUCGUAUAAAAAUUUAAUGCCUAAAUUUAUGUAUUUGAAUAAAUUUAAUGCGAGAGUCUUUAGGGAAUCAGGAGCGCAUACUAGAAUGAUUCUACAACAGGCUAAGUUAGGAAUGCAACAAUUGGAGAUUUUUUACAAGAAGCCCUACCAAAAUACGGAGGAAAACCUGGAUGGUGAACAAAUCCCACCAGGUUUUUGGCAGGUGCAAUUGGGGAUUUCAAAAAACGAUUUUGCUAACUUUGUUUUGCUGGUAGAUGGAUCGUGGGAAAAAACUACGACAUCUGCAGGUUACGGAUGAGCAUACAAAUUUGGCGAAGGGAAGGGAGGUUAUGGCUCUGCAAAAUCAGCUCUACAAGCAGAAGCACAAUGUCACGAGCCAUCUCUAAAAGUCCCUCACCAAGGCAACAAGGCAUCUGAAGGCAUCGCUAUGGUGCAUCGAUGGGCAGCGAGGCAGCAACAUGGGCCACAUGGGCACCCAUGGGCGCUGGCAGCAGGGAGGAGCACCCACCCCCUAUAGAGGAUUAUUUUGAAUUAGCCAUAAACUGCCAGUGAACACCCAUAUGACAGUAACAUAAUAAUGGGAUGUUUGGUGGGCCAAAUGAACUUGGAUUGGGCUCAAACUUGGGGGUCCCACAUAUUUUGGCCCAAUGAAGACAAUGGUUGGGCCAGAAUUGGGUUUCGAGGCCCGCUUGGGCCCGAUGGUGCAGCAAGGUCUUUGGAAUGCCUCCGAAAGGCUCUAGAAUGCUCUUGGGCAUUCUAGCUUGGAUUUCUCUAGAGCAUUCUAGCAUGGAUGGCUCUAGAACAUCCUUGUACAUACAUGUGAGUAUUUUCUAGAACCCUCCAUGUAUUUUCUGGUUCCUUAGGAGGGAGGAACAUUCUAGACAUGUGUAGAGAGCUCCUUAGAGAGAGCCUUGUAGAAUAUUCUAGAGUAGAAGUCUCUAGGCCACCAAGGCACUAUAAAUAGGCCUUGGCAUUCAUUUGUACAAAGCAUCAAACACUUGUAAUUCUCUCUCAAGAAAUACAAAGCAUUCUUUAAAAGCCAUACACUUUGUGCCUUAGCAUUUUCCACACAAAAGCUUUCGUAGCAUCACUUAGCAUCGAGCAAGCAUCGAAGUGCCUUGACUAGUUAGUCCGAUGGGUGUGAGACGCUAGUAGGCAGCGUGUAAGACUAAGGAAAAUAGUCAGCACGUGACACGUGAUAUCAGAGCAAGCGACGAUCGUUGGGUACGCGAUAUCGCUAACAGAGGUGUGGUUACUGGCCGAGGCUACGACGGACUGUAGCUAAGCAACAAGGUACGUUUUUACUUUGUCUCUCCAUUCUUAUUGUUGGAUAUAAGUAUGGAUAUCGAAAUGGAGGUUUAGACAAGUCAUUGGGAACCCCGCUUAGCAAGGAUGGAAAUUGCUAUUGCGAACAUGCGCGAUGAUGUAGCGCAACUCUCGGAUUCCGUGGGGGAAUUCGGAACUAAGGUUGACGACACUUCCCAAUAUCUAAAGAAAGAUAUUCUUGGGGUGUUAAACUGCGUAGCGGAAACCAUUCGCGAGGAAGUCGCGAAAAUGAUGGACGACUUGCUGAAGCAAAUCAAGGACAUCCGUACCGAAGUGGAGUCGGUGAAGGCGGAUGUAAUGUUGUGCAAGGCGGCAGUGGCGAGAGGUGUCACAAGAGAAGGACCGAGAAGCGAGGUUAAGAAGUCGUCCAAGCACAAAGGGAAACAGGUCGAGGAAGGUGACCAAUACGGCGAGGGGGUUCGCCAAAAGAGGGCUAACCACGUGGCUCAUGGCAAGGACCUAGCCCAGUCCAAUGGGGAUGGUCGCAACGGAGGUAAGUCUUUCAAGCCAAUGAAGUAUUUCAUUUGCGAAGGGUCGCACAUGGCUAAGGCUUGCCCACAUCGACAAAUAUUGAGUGUCAUCAAAGCCACAACGGGGGAGGAGUCAUUAGCCGAGGGACGGCAAUGGGCGAUUCACUUGGGCGAGGAGGCUCAGGUCGCAAAUGUUAGACUCCUCAAUGAUGGGGUCCAGGAUGGGCCGUACAAGGAGGCACCCUCGACAAUAAUGGGGGUCGUGGACAGAAGGCCUCGGGAGAAGGUCGUGCCACGGGAGUUGGCACCCACGACAAAUGAUGAGGGCGUGGACAGUAGUCCUAAAAAGAUGGUCGACGUCGUGUCACGGGAGAUGGCAUUGAUAUGUGUGUUUUAUAUAGUGUUUUACCCCCGUCCCUUAGUACUUUUAUGUGUCAAAUGAGCUCUUAGGAGCCAUUUUUAGUACUAAUAUGCGUUAUUGAGUGUGCCUUGAGUUUCAGGUUCGAUUAUGAGAAGUUGGUCUUUUUAGACCCGUUUCAUGGUGAUUUAGGCCACUACACGAGCCCGAGGAAGUUCGGGACCUUUAUCGUCGACUUUGGAGAGCCUUAAAUGCUUAUGGUUGAGCCCCGGGAGUUAGACUCGGUGAUAUGGGCGAAGAAUGUUGAUGAUUGCAAAUUGCCCUGUGAGCUGAGGGCGAAGCGCGAAGAUCGGGCGAAAGAAAAGGGAGCUGAAUCUUUCCAUGCGCGCCCGAUCGGGCGCACUUCACCCGGUCCGGAUCUGGCGGCCAUCUGGGAGCUACUGGGUGCCCUUCGCAAACCGCCCGAUCGGGCGGAAUUUGGCCCGAUCGGGCCGACUAUCGAGCACAUCGCCCGAUCGGGCGACGCCAACCUCCAGCAGAUUUUCGCGUGGUUUAAUUCCGUUUUUUAGUAUUAUUUUAGGCAAACUAUAUAUACUUAGCUCUUUUAUUUUUAGUGCCAUCUUUCGUUCUAGUUUUCAGUACUUAGUUUAUUUCUAGUUUUCUCUCUAAUUGUUCAAAUACUUAGUUUUUAAUUCCAAGUAAAAAUUCAAGCUUUAUUAUUUAUUUGUUCUUCAA